AUGAGAGUUUACAACGACGACGAACCGAUUUCUUACUCGUCGGUUUCACUUGCUCAGUUCAAUAGUAUACCGGAACCUGAUGAAAAUGACGACGAAGGAGACGAAUUUCUCGGUUUUUUCACCGAUUCUGAUUCGGUUCCUCAAAUCUCCGGUAAUAUGGAGCUUUUCCAUCUCCGUCGUCUGAUCUUCGACGCGAUUAGAGCGUAUAGACCUUCGAUAGAUCUGGUUACGGUUCUCGAUCUGAGCAACGGCGGAGGAAAUUUGCAGACGGUUAAACACGCGAUGAGAUUGGUUAUCUCUCUUCUCCGAGAGAUGGAUCGUCUCUCGAUCGUCGUCUUCUCGACGGGAUCGAAACGAUUAAUGUCGUUACGACGAAUGACGGCGAAAGGACAGAGAUCGGUGCGAUGGAUCUUCGAUUCACUCGUCGGAAUUGAAACCGUCGGUGUCUUCGGAAUGGCGGUUAACGACGCGUUGAAGAAAACGGUUAAAGUCAUUGAAGAUCGGCGAGAGAGGAAUAUAAAUCCUUCUUUUUUCCCCAGAUGA